CGAUCGGAAGUUUUGGUUUGAAUGUUCAUAAACCGGACAUAAUCCGGUUCAUGAUUUUAUGAUCUCGGUGCAGCGAAUGGUUGGUCUUCUUCCCCGUGUCAAAGAAAACACUUAUCUUCUUCAACCUUUCGACGUCAAAGCCGCGAAAAAAAAAAUCAAAAUCCCCAAAGAAGAUGGCUCUGGUUUUACCCUGUACAUUUUGUACUUCGCUUCAGCUUCAGCGACAAAAGUUUCCGAUCAAUCGCCGAUAUUCUCCGAAUUUCCGUCGAGGAGCUACGACGUGUGAGUUCCGAAUUCCAGUAGAAGUUUCCAGUCCAACAGAUAGAGGAUCGUUGGCUGUUCCUUCUCACAAGGUCACUGUACACGAUCGACAACGAGGAAUAGUUCACGAGUUUGAGGUUCCAGAGGAUCAGUACAUAUUGCACUCAGCUGAAUCUCAGAACAUUACUCUUCCAUUUGCUUGCAGGCAUGGUUGCUGUACUAGCUGUGCCGUACGUGUAAAAUCUGGAGAGCUGAGGCAGCCACAAGCAUUGGGAAUAUCAGCUGAACUAAAGUCCCAGGGGUAUGCACUUCUUUGUGUGGGUUUCCCUACAUCUGACCUUGAAGUAGAAACACAAGACGAGGACGAGGUCUACUGGCUACAGUUUGGAAGAUACUUUGCUCGUGGACCAAUUGAAAGAGACGAUUACGCCCUUGAACUCGCCAUGGGAGACGAGUAAACAAAGUUCAAGCAAAGUCGUGAGCUUUUUGUAUUAGAAGUGACUAGUGAGUGUUUUCUUUCACUGUUAAUUACCUUCUUAGUUCCUGAAUCUUGUGGUGCAUCCUCGUAAAUCUAAAACCUCAUAAAUAUUACAUGAAAACUUCCCAACAAUUCAACAUUUUAUUGAAAACUUGUUAACCUUUUUUUUAACCAUAAACUCCAAAAUUUCC